ACUCCCUUGCUCGUAUCAUCACUUGCUGUUUUUCUCUCCUCUUGGUCGGGAAGUCCUCGGCGGCUGGUCAUGGCUCAGCUGAACACCUCCCGCUGUCUGAAACUUGUGUCAGAUCAGUUCGUCAGCGUGGUGCACAUCUCAGGCACUCCUGGGCACUACAAGUACAGCGGCCCGCUCGUCACCAUCCUAGACAUCAUCAUGCGACACCAGGGCUUCUGUUACGAAUUUCUCCGGGCCAGUGAUCGCUCCUACGGUCUCCUGCUUCCCAACGGGUCGUGGUCUGGUCUGCUGGGGAUGGUGCAGCGCGGGGAGGCUGACUUGACGGGCACUGUCAUCGCCAUCACGGCGAAUGGCCUGCCUGCCUUUGACUUCAGCGACCCUGUCGUCAUCUCAGAAUACAAUGUGAUAAACGUUCGCCCGGUCGUCACCCCGAACGUGGCAGGCUUCAUCAGGCCUUACACGCCCUUGGCGUGGGCUUUUCUGCUGAUGAGCUCAGUCAUCGUCUCGGCGGCCACUCUGCUGAUGCUGAGGAGGCCCGCUCUCCUGCAGACCAUGGACGGUACCGGAAGUCAGAGUUUUGAGGAGGAGGACAUGGACAAAACGAAAGUACCAAGCAGCAGGAAGGAAGAGAAAAAUAACAUCGGCUGGUUCAGGAGCGUCGAGAGAUCCUCCCUGUGGACCUGGUCUGCCCUGCUAUCCCAGAGUGUGCCGUGGGAGCCUCGGGGGAGUUCGGCGAGGAUGAUGGCGGGGUUAUGGCUGCUGGAGACCUUGAUCCUGGCCUCUGUGUAUCGCUCCAACCUGAAGGCGAUGCUCAUCAUUCCCAAGGUGCGGCUGCCCUUCGACAACCUGGAGGAGCUGGCGGAGUCCGGCAUCACCCUGGCCAUCACGAAAGACUCCACUCUGCAGUCACUUAUCAUGAACGCGGAGAGGAACACGAGCCUGGGCCGCCUGAAGGAGAACCUGGUGCUAGCUCACCCUGACCAAGUGUAUCGCUUCAUCGAGGACAUCUACUCGGGCAAGUGGGCGGGCGGGGCCUUUACCAUCUCCAUCAAGGCUGCCUUCCACCUGGACUUUUCAGUGAUGGGUAAGUGUCGCGGCUACAUAAUGUCUAGAGGAUUCUUCGGCCCCGCCAGUCUGAGCCUCGCCUUUGCGAAGGGGUCGCCUCUCAUUGGUAAAGUGAACAAAGACAUCAUCACCCUGCGCGAGGCGGGCAUCCUGGACCACUUGUUCUCCCAGGCUUCCUUCAAUGCCACCGAGUGUCUGAAGCCUGUCACCUCCAAGCUGACCACGACCAAGGAAAGGCCCCUCGAAAUGCUGGACUUCUACGGCGUGUUCUCUCUCUACAUGGCUGGCAUCGCGGUGGCCUUGCUGGUGUUCCUGCUGGAGGUGGUCUGUGUCCCAAAGAAGACUGGCACGCGGCGGGCAGGAGUCGCCAGGCAAUGACGCACCGGAUGACGAUUUGUGACGUGUACACCGCGAGCGAGGGAGUGGUGUCGUGAAGCGUCCCUAAAUCACUGACCUUCAUCUUGCUGAUCUUCACUGACCUGCGUUAUAAUUGUGUAGACAUUAAUCUGUCGAAUCUAGAGAUAAUUACGUAAUUAAAAUGAUGCUCUCCAGUUAGUGAAAUUGUAGACUGAUAAGAAUGAACCAAAUGAGUGUUAUCUACCUGAGCAACGUGAA